AUGGCACGAGCUGAUCAAAAAGGGUCUUUUUUGGGAGCGAUUUCGCCCUGGAACACUUCCAGGAAUUCAAUCCCUCAGCCGGCCACCAACCAAAUUGAUGGGCAAGAUGUCCUUCAACGGUCACAAGGGGAGGACCAUACUGUUACACGCCGACAUAGGUUGAGUCUGCGUCAAUACCCCAAGGAUUGUCCUUUGUUGAGAGUGAGGUGGUUUUACGCAGUGGAUUCACCCAAGCGAAAACCAAUGCUUUCGGAUUAUAGAAAGGAUGAUUCAAAGCCCUUACCCCCACCAAAAAAAUUUGUCCCGUUCUCCUUGAAAGAUUCUCAGUCUAUUGAAACCUCAUUCCAAAGGCUUUCCGACCUCGAAGCUGCACGUGAGCAAUCUCAAUCCACGAAUUUCACAGGGAAGGCACAGGAUGAUACCGUCAAAGUCCCUGUUAACGAAGACUACCUCUUUGAUGUGGAUGUGGAACAGAGGGAGCUCAGCCCGGCCUACUGGGUGGGCCCAGUGUAUGAAGUGCGUCGUGGAACAUGGUUCUUUCAAGAGGGCUCUACAUUCAAGCCGUGUGAGGAAAACCUUGCUACUCAACUUGAGGAAGGCUAUCUUAAAGUGAGGCCAUGGCAAUUCGAGGACACUCAGAAGCCCUUGCAACCACCAACUUCAAAUCCGGGUGCAUCUGAUACAAUGAGGCAUGAUUCUCUCCACGGCCAUUCCGAAUAUUCUGGGAAUGCGACUUCUGCGGCUGCCAAUGAAUCCCAUAACUAUCGGCUUUUUGGUGCUUACAUGAACAGCAUAGUCACCUACCAAGAUUCCUUCACUGCAUUGUUGACAAACGAUGAUUUCAUGUCCCGAGUGAGCACCACUGUUUAUCAAAAGUUAGGUGGCAUAGCCGGCACAAGAGUAAUGCGGGGUUUCACUGAGGCUAAAAAACAGAAGGAAACACCAGAUACAAGAGGCCCUGACCGGAACCCACUUCAAGGAUCACCCUCGAGUGCUCCCCAGGGAGCUUCCAUGGAUUUUAAAACCAAAUCUGGAACAGGAAAUUCACGACCAGGUUCCCCUGUCAACCAAGGGUCGGAUAGUGAAAAUUUUGCUGCAAAGAAUCCAAAAUCGACAAUAGAACGACAGAUGUCAUCUCUUGCUGGCGAGCCCCAGAAUGCUGCUGAACUCGAAGAGCAGGCGCGUAGGCAGGAGGAAAAGGAGAUGGAGGAUUCCAGGGAAGUUGAAAAUGAGGAUAGAGAGCGGGACAUUGACCACCUGGUUCUCGUCACACACGGCAUUGGCCAAAGGCUUGGGCUGCGCUUAGAGAGCAUCAACUUUAUUCAUGAUGUGAAUGUCCUACGUAAAACUAUGAAGGGUGUUUAUAAGGCUUCUCCAGACCUCCAGGCUUUGAACUCUGCAUCUGCAGACAGCAAUAAGAAUUGCCGUGUUCAGGUCCUUCCUGUGUGUUGGAGACAUCUGCUUGACUUCCCUUAUCGUGGGGUUCGGCAGAAUCGCAAGGAACUUGACCUCGCUGAUGCAGAUAUACUUGAAGACGAUAUGUAUCCCGGCUUGGCAGAUAUUACGCUUGAAAGUGUCCCUGCCGUUCGAAACCUGAUAUCUGACUUGGCAAUGGAUGUGCUCCUCUAUCAAAGUGCUUACUGUGAGCACAUCUCGACUAUCGUCCGGCAGGAAUGCAACCGGAUUCUCAAGCUUUUUAAAGAGCGAAAUCCAUCGUUCAAGGGCUCUGUGAGCCUCUGUGGGCAUUCGCUUGGAAGCGCAAUUCUUUUUGAUAUCCUUUGCCGCCAGCAGUCUGACUCGCACCUUAAAAAAAAACGUCCGCCCCCCCAGGAGGAUCAAACACCUAUGCCAAAUCGAGACUAUUCACUAGAUUUUCAGUGUGAAGAGCUUUUUUGUUUAGGGUCUCCCAUCGCACUUUUCCAGAUGCUCAAGGGAAAAACCAUUGCUGGUCGAUCAACUGUGGAUCCCAGAAGUUCUAAUAUCAACAGCAGUAUCGACGUCCCAGAAUUUUCGGGCUCUUCAAGUGCACACCAUUCUGUGAAUGCUAGAGUGGGAACCACAGUGGAAGCGCCCGCGAUAUUGUCUUCACCACACUGUCGACAACUCUACAACAUAUUCCAUCCAUCCGACCCUGUCAGCUAUCGCAUUGAACCGCUCAUCUCACCUGUAAUGUCAACUCUUAAACCACAGCCUUUGCCAUCGGUUAAAAAGAGUCUUUGGGCAACAUCUGGGCAAAGCCUUUCGAUACUUGGUAGUCGCGUGGGCCAAAGUGUAGGAUCUUUGUGGACAAAUUUUACAUCUGGCGUUGCAAGCAGUUUACUCAACCGUAGCCUAGGCUUGAGCCACGAGGAUACACCCCCCCGGGCUUCUGGUGCUGGCUUCGAACAUCAACAAACACACCUGCCACCCGCUGCCGAUUUACCUAAGAGGAAACCUCGUUUUUCUGGCCCCGAUGCUGAGCUUUUAAGUAGAUAUGACGAUCGACCCCGGACUUUAAUAGAGCCUGAAUUAGAAACACUUUAUGAUGGCUUUCAAAAAGUUCGAAGCAAUCACACAAACGCCACGGCGUGUUCUUCCGCUAGCGGGGAAACCAUCGAGUCUCAAGAGCACGAAGAUCGCUUAAAGAAACUGAAGAUCGAAGAUGCGAAAGUCAGAGCUUUGAAUUCAAAUGGGCGGGUGGAUUACAGCAUUCAGGAGGGGGCGUUUGACAUUUCCUUGAUUGCUAGCAUUGCUAGCCACUUGACCUACUGGGCCGAUGAGGAUGUUAAUCAUUUUAUGCUGUCCCAGAUGCUAUCCAGAAGGACUUAA